UUUCCAAAAAGAGCAAAAAUUCAGAAGAGUAUUGUAAACCCUCAUCUGAAGGCACAUUCUAUUUGAUACAUCCACUGACUGUGUGUGAAAUGUUAAAAAGCCCUGGAUCUACAGUGAGCAAAAAGGAUAUUCCUGAAGGAAAAUGUGGGAGUUGUAGAGUGUUCCAUGCACAAGAAUUUGAGAAAAUGACAGCAUCACUGCUCUUGUAAACUACUAAGUAGAAUUUGUCCUAGACUUCAGAGCGUCAGAGGAGAAGAUGUGAAGUUCUGAAGUCAGCUUUAAGCACGCAAUUCUGCAUACCUGGAUAACUCCAGGACAACUUUCAGGCAAAGGCAGAAGACCAACCAGAGGAUGGAAGGGAAUGCCUAGGUUAGUUCUACCCUCCUCUCUGGGUCUUACUAAAAGUGCAUUUAAAAGAGCAAACAUUUGAAUUUAAAAAGAGAAAAGACAGAGAAGAGGAUGGUGAGGGCUAAACAAAGUAAAAAACUAACUGGAAAUCAAAUAGUUCAGAAGCAAGUAUCUUCAUCCUGAAGAGGAGAACUGCUGCAAAGAAUUACUCCUACCUCUGUCAAUGAAUGCAGCUCACACAUAGCCACUACUCCCAGGAGGUGGCCAUCAGGCAAACAUAAAACAUCCAGGACUUGUGGUAACAACUGCUUGGUACCCUGAGACUGACCCUCGUUCAACCUAUCUGGAUGGCCCAUGGCAACCAAGGCCACACUUUGGUAAGGCAGGCCUCCCAAAUGCCCCAAAUAACUUUUGAAGCAGAAGUCCUAAAGUUCCCAAGUAACAAAGUUAGAGCAAGUAAAUGUUUACAUAGCCACUGAAGAGUAGUUACUCAAGGUACUUAUGAGGGAGGUUGCAUUGAUACCGUUUUCAAAUUAGGAAACGGAGGCAUAUAGAGUUUGUAGAAUUUGUCAUAAACCACAAAGCAACUCAUCUGAAAGAGGAGAGCUGAGGAGGAAGAUGAAGGUCUAGUCGAAAGUUAGACAGUAGACUCAGCAACAAAAUGGCCAGUUUGGCCUCAUCUUCAGGAUUUGGCCUCUAGCCAAGCCAACCAAAUUUGUGGUAGCACACACAGAAAUAGAACUUGGAGUUCCUAACUUCCAGUGCUGUGUUCUGCUCAGUAGAUAACCAAGGGACCAUUAAUAAACUGAUUUUACUCCCAACUUUUCUUAUCAAGGAAUGGAAAAGCUUAUGGGUCAACCUUAAAUAUGAUAAGUUUUCAUCUUUAAAAAUGAGUACCAAAUUUCUGCACCUGGUACAGUAUUCUCCACUUAGUAGCUUCCAAAGGUUUAACUAGAUUACUUCACAAUGGAGGAUGAAUCACAGUCUGAGAACCUCCGCCAUUAAAUUCUUGACAGAGGAACCACAAAGAUAAUCUUUAAAGCCCCUUUCAGCUAUAACUAUUUAACUCCUACCAAGUUAGUGUCAGCUUUGCCUAACUGGCAUAUUCUCUUGAUCUGAACAACAGUGUGAAGUGAACAUGACAUAAGCCAAGUCAACCCACAGCAUGAAUCAAGUGUCCUGAAGCUUUAUUUAGGAUAAGUGGUUCAAAUUUUAGAUUAACCUGAGUCAAAGGUGAUCGUAUUUUUGCAAUCCAGUUCUAAGACUUUCUCUGAGAACAUCUGGGGGGCAAAGGGAGAAAACAGUUAAAGCUAUGCAACUGUCACUCUUACAACUUAAAAAAAAAAUUACUUUAUUAAUAGGAGGAACAGAGCUUCAGUUCUGAAGAAACUUUGCUAUUAAGGCCAAAUGCUUAGGAACGAUUUGACCAUCUGUAAUCAGCAAUGAGACGCAUCACAAGGUACCCUCUAAGAUAAAGUUCACCGCCCAGUCACUCUCCUAAUUCCGAGUUAACCUGGGCAUAAUUUCAACUGACCUUUCAGCAACAACAUUAAGCUACCCCUGACCUAUGAAUCUCUCUGAAUUUAGAUUUCAAGCAGUAAGAAACAAAAUGGUUUCAUCUGCAAUGCAAGAAAAGAAUUUCACAUCAAACUUCAAUCCUUAAGAAUCUGCUACAGCUAUAAGGUUGAGUGUUUAUUUUUCUCAAAGUAGGUUUCCCCUGCUCCCCUAAACGCCACAUACAUGAAGUAGCUCAAAACUGGAAUUUCUAUUUUGGUGGCCAUCUGGGAUCCACAGAAGUGACUUUCAAUUACUUGGAAUUUCAAAACAGAGGUUCCCUAGUAACAAUGCCCCAGUGGCAAAAUACUCCCCCAUUUUGUUUCGUCUGUGGGAGAAAAGUUCUUUAAACUGGAAAGAAUUUGUAGCCUUAUAAAGACUACGUUGGAAUUCGUUCGUUUUUUCCUUUAGGAGGGCGGCCAUCUCCAAAAGUUUUGGUAAAAGUUAUGGCUCAGAUUUCAAAAUGCAAACAGAUGUUCCUGAAGCAUCCGAAAUGGGCCACUCCAUGUUUAUUCCCAGAACCGUGGCGACUCGAAGUUGUUUUGUGUCCCAACUCUGCAAAGGGCAAAAGCGCAAACCCCUCUGGUGUCAACUUUCAAGAGAAGUGGAACAGCACACUUUUGGAGUUUCCCAAAGCGGCUGGCGACGUGCGAGGUCAGAUCGUUCUGAGAAUCGGGGCUGGACAGGAGAGAUCUCGAGGGCAAGAGCGCUCAGAGAUUUCCACGUGCCCCGAUCUAGCUGGUCCCUGGGGAGAAUUAGUGGUUGCUACAGUAGGAAGAAGGCUGUUCCUGUUCACAGCCCUGGCCGCGGGAUGGCCUUGGUGUACGGGGGGAGAUGGUGGGUGCACCUGGCUCUCUGCCCUCGGAGCCUCCAGCUGACUGCCACGCCAGAGAGACGCGCGGCCGGAGCUGCGACCUCCACCCGCCCCCGCGGCGCCCAUCGAAGUGGGGGUUCCCGCUACGCCGGGCCUCGCCGCUAUACCCAGGCCGCAUGGGGGUGGGGAAAGAACUUAGCGGAGCUCGGCCUCGGGAUCUGCGCCCGUGUGGAAAGAGCAGAGAAGAGUCAUUUCACCCAGUCUCUACUCAGCUGGGGUCUCGGGAAAUACGCGCAGGUGUCACUAGUUAAAAGGCAUCUGCUGAAAGAUUUGGAACAGAAGAAGGUGGCUACUCCAAACCAGACCAACUGUAACACAGAGUCACCAGCAGCCCUGGAGGAGGCCAAGACCUCUCGUGUUCCUGGGAGCCCCAAAAUAUCCCCUGAGCCUCAUGACCCUGGAGGUUCCCUGCCCCUGACACCCCGGAUGGAGAGCCACUCAGAGGAGGAAGAUCCUCCCGGCAGUGGCCUAGGCUGGAACGGUAGGGGUCCCCGGGCCCAGAGCCCAGGGGGCUGCUCAGUGGAGGCCGUGCUGGCACGGAAGAAGCACCGCCGGCGGCCUUCAAAGCGCAAGCGGCACUGGCGGCCCUACCUGGAGCUGAGCUGGGCCGAGAAGCAACAGCGGGAUGAGAGGCAGAGCCAGCGGGCCUCCCGGGUCCGAGAGGAGAUGUUCGCCAAAGGGCAGCCCGUGGCACCCUACAAUACCACCCAGUUCCUGAUGAACGACAGAGACCCCGAGGAGCCCAACCUGGAUGUGCCCCAAGGGGCCUCCCACCCAGGCUCCAGUGGGGAGAGUGAGGCCGGGGACAGCGACUCGAGGGGCCGAGCUCACGGGGAGUUCCAGCAGAGGGAUUUCUCCGAGGCCUAUGAGCGCUAUCACACUGAGAGCCUGCAGGGCCGCAGCAAGCAGGAGCUGGUGCGCGACUACCUGGAUCUGGAGAGGCGGCUGUCACAGGCCGAGGAGGAGACGAGGAGGCUGCAGCAGCUGCGGGGCUGCACCAGCCAGCGGCCCUGUCGCCAGGUGGAGGAGCUGGCCGCUGAGGUAGAGAGGCUCCGGACGGAGAACCAGCGGCUUCGGCAGGAGAAUGAGAUGUGGAACCGAGAAGGUGGCCGCCGUGGUGGGGAGCCGGGCACCUAGGGGUGCCCCCCCAUCCAGGCUGACCCAAGGAGAAGGUCCUGUUUUGUAUACACUCAGGCCAGCCGAGUCUCAAGGAGGCAGGUCUCAGCACCCCUGAGCCCCCUGAGAACAGCUAAUUUAGGUUCUGGUUUCCAUCUUGUCAUUUCCACAGUUUGUUCUUUGAUGUCAUCUUAUUUUUCACAAAGGAAUUAAAUGAUUUUGGUGAGAUCACAUGGGA